AUGGCUAUGACACCACAAACCUCGGACUCCUCCCUGUCGGGGGGACCCAUUCGAUCCAUGCAGGAGCCGAUCGCAGUUGUCAGCAUGGCAUGUCGAUUACCGGGACACAGCGAUUCCCCGCAGAAGUUAUGGGAAUUCCUGGUGCAAGGAGGUGUGGCAGACACCAAGGUCCCAGAAACACGAUUUAACCUGGACGCCUUCUAUGAUGGGUCUGAUCGACCGAAGACAAUGCGCUCUCCCGGCGCCAUGUUUAUGGAAACUGUCGAUCCAGCGAAGUUUGAUGCAUCAUUCUUUAACAUUUCAGCGCAGGAGGCAACGGCCAUGGAUCCUCAACAACGGAUCAUACUGGAGGUUAUCUAUGAAGCAUUGGAGAAUGCCGGCCUCACACUAGAGUCGCUAGCGGGCCAAAGGUAUGGCUGCUUCGUCGGAGGUCACCCUGGAGACUACUGGGACGUGUUCGCACGGGAUCCAGACUCCAGACCAGUCAAUGCGGGCAUUGGUGGCUCCGGCACAAUGUUGAGCAAUCGCGUUAGUCACUUCCUGGGUAUUACAGGCCCUAGCAUGUCCCUUGAUACCGCUUGCUCCAGCUCCUUGGUAGCGCUAGACAUGGCAUGCAAAUUCCUUCAAACCGGCGAGAUUGACGGAGCCGUCAUCGCGGCAUCCAAUCUGGUCCUACACCCCGAAUAUGGCUGUGACACUGGGCCGAUCAGAAACACCCACUCGCCAACCGGACGCUGCCACACAUUUGACGCCAAGGCAGACGGGUAUAUAAAGGCCGAAGGAAUCAAUGCAGUGAUUUUGAAACGGCUUGAUGAUGCCGUACAAGCUGGAGACCCAAUCCGAGCGGUAAUUCGAGGGACCGCGAAUAACCAUAGCGGUCGCACCCCAGGUAUUGCGUCUCCCAGCGCUGAUGCCCAGGCCGCUGCGGUGCGCACUGCAUAUAAGAAUGCCAACAUCACUGACUUUUCUCUCACGUCGUACCUCGAAUGCCAUGGAACUGGUACAUUGGCUGGAGACCCAGUUGAGGUGGCUGGCGUCUCCUCGGUCUUUGCAGAGUCCCGGGCGCAUGAUAGACCACUGCACAUUGGAUCGAUCAAAAGUAAUAUCGGGCAUUCGGAGACUGCUGCGGGUUUGUCCGGCUUGAUCAAAGCCAUCAUGAUCUUGGAAACCGGGCUCAUUCCAGGAAAUCCGACUUUCGAAACGCCUAACCCCAACAUCGACUUCAGCGGGCUGAAGGUGAAGGUUAGUCGCAGUGCCAUCCCUUUCCCCAAGGACGUCCCGUUUCGACGUGUAGGGGUGAACAACUUUGGAUUUGGUGGCAGCAACUCCCACGCAAUCUUGGAGGAGCCGCGAGUUGUUCAGUUGGAUUACUGCCCAACGCACAAAACAUCCUACACACCUCCUAGUCUGGACUGUGCUGUGAUCGAAGCUGCUGCCCAGCAACCAUAUAUUCUAUGCUUCUCGGCAAACAACCAGAGCUCCCUCAAACGUUACAUUGAGGAGUUCUCUCAGCAUUGCGCCAGCCCGAGCGUACACCUGAAUGUCCGAGAUGUGGCCUACACACUCGGUGUACGCAGAAGCCAGCACUUCCACAGAGGCUACCUCAUCACCGAUAAUCUCACACACAUCGACCCGACAAGGGUGGUCUAUGGCAAAAAGAGUGUCAAUGCCGUGAAUGUUGGGUUUGUUUUUACCGGUCAAGGAGCACAAUGGCCGCAGAUGGGCUUAGAGCUACUGGCAUCAUUUCCGGUGGCCAGGAGGUGUGUGGAAAAGCUGGACAAGGUCUUGCAUCGUCUGCCCAACAGGCCGACGUGGUCAUUGUAUGACGAAUUGACCAGGCCAUGUAGCCCUGAGCAUAUCCGAAAUCCGGAGCUGAGCCAGCCACUGGUCACUGCGUUGCAGAUAGCAAUGGUCGAACUCUUCCGCAGUUGGGGGAUCUCGCCAACCAGUGUUCUUGGGCAUUCCUCGGGCGAGAUUGCGGCUGCGUACGCGGCUGGCUACCUCACCGAUGCUGAAGCGAUCGUUGUCGCAUACCAUCGUGGCAUGGCGUCUCAGACAGGGCAACCAAACGACACCCUGCCUCUCGGGAUGCUCGCGGUGGGGUUGGGUGCAGAGCAGGUCUCGCCAUACCUGGAUGGGUUGGAAGGGGUCCAGAUUGCCUGUUACAAUAGCCCUGCAAGCGUGACCUUAUCUGGGCUUUCCUCGGUGCUCGAGCAAGUGAAAGUCAGACUCACGGAGGGUGGAGUGUUUGCUCGCAUGCUCCAAGUCGACCUGGCGUACCAUUCCACAUAUAUGGAGACAAUUGGUGACAUGUAUGAGCAUCUGCUCAACCGGGACCUCCCAUCAAUCGCGCAGGAAUCCCCACGGUCUAGCGACGUCACAAUGUUUUCCUCAGUCACUGGAUCCCAGCAAGAGGUCUGUCCGGGCAUUAAAUACUGGAAGAGGAAUAUGACUUCUCCUGUUCGCUUCGAGGAUGCGGCUCGUGCUAUGUUAGGUGGAAAGUCGUCGGCCACUUUGUUGGUUGAGAUUGGGCCUCAUGGUGCGCUUAAAGGACCCAUCACACAGAUUCAAAGGGCCCUUGAGGGGACAGCAGCCAAAAUUCCCUAUCUUUCAGCACUGAACCGAGGCUCCGACUCAAUUCAUCACACGCUCGCAGUCGCCGGCCAACUCUUUCUGGCGGGUGCUCCCAUUGACCUUGAGAAGGUGCUUGCAGACAGCAAAGAAACCCGUCCCAUGGUGAUCGUGGACCUGCCAAACUACUGUUGGGACCAUUCCACACCCUACUGGUUCGAGACACAAGCUAGCAAGGACUGGAGGUUUCGCCCAUUUGUUCAUCAUGACUUGCUGGGAAGUAAAAUCCUUGGCACAUCGUGGCUCCAUCCCACAUUUAAGAAAACCAUGGAUCUCAGUCUUCUCCCGUGGUUGAAGGAUCAUCGAAUCGGGACCGACGUCGUAUUCCCCGCAUCAGGAUACAUCGCAAUGGCAGUCGAGGCAAUGUACCAGACCGGAUGCAUGCGUAAACCAAACGAUCCAUUCCCACUCUCCAACGAGCUAAGUUACCAAUUGCGCAAUGUCCGAUUCAAUGCAGCGCUUGUUUUGGAAGAAGAGGUGGAGAGCGAGAUCUAUCUGACAAUGAGCCCAUUCCCGGGAAGCAAUGAGAACUGGUUUGAGUUCUUAAUAUCUUCUCGUAGGGAUGGUACCAUUACAAAACAUGCAGCUGGAUUGAUCCGGCUCCAAGAGCCUGUCCUUGACCCGGCUGAUGAGAAAGAUAUUGCACCAUUCGAGCAUGCCUCUCCCGGGCACUUAUGGACAAAGGCUUGCGCUGAGCUUGGGUACCACUAUGGUCCCGCAUUCCACCUGUUGGAGAAAGUGGAAUCGCGUUUUGGGCAGCGACGGGCUCGCUCGUUAAUCACACUAGCAGACCCUCCUUCAGCUCAUGAUCCUCAGUCUUUGUAUCCCGUUCAUCCCGCUGCGCUGGACGGUGUAUUUCGGGCCGUUGUACCUGCAGCGAUCGCUGGAGACCGCAGCAGAAUGGCUGAGACCCUAAUUCCCGCCAUGGUGGAUGAUUUUAUUAUAAACCCCACUCAUCGACCAGACGCAGGCAUCGCGGUUGCUUCCAGCUAUUACUCUGGGCGCGGCAGAGAAGAUACGGAGAAGAGCUAUCUUGGAAAUACUUCCGUAUAUGAUCCAACUAGUGGCGCUCUACUGAUUCGAAUGACCGGAUUAUCGAGUCAUAGGAUUGAUCUAGGAAUUGAUCCGGUAAAUCGACAUACCCUCACCCAGGAUGUCCUGAAGGCGGAUAUUUCCACGCUGAAUGAGAAGGCCAUCCAGGAACUUGGACGAGGGCACACGAACCUCACUCCAGUGCUUCUGGAUUUAAUGAUGCACAAAAAGCCCUCCCUGAAUGUGCUUGAGAUUGAUUUGGGAACUCGGGAACCCAGAAGCGUCUGGCUUCAAUCCCUGGAAACGGGCGCUGAGUUGCAAUACCAAUACCGUUAUCUGGCCCGCGAUGCCACAAAUCUUUCUGGUGUGGAAUCGAAGUACCGCGAUCAAGCUAAUACCUCCUUCCAGCUUCUGGAUCUAGAAAGUAGCCACUUGGGUGUGGAGAAUCAGGAAAGCUUUGACUUGAUCAUACUCAAGGCCGUCUCGCCGUUGCCUCCCAGGUCAGUCGCCGUAGUGGGAGCGUUGAAAGACCUACUCGCACUUGAUGGUCAUAUACUGGCAACCGAUUACGCAGAGACGAGCCUUAAUCCGGAGUCAGAAUCCUCGUUGGUUCAUGUGGUUGAGAAUGUGACAUUCGCCAAGGUGCUCUCCAUUCCAUCCGAACCAUGGGCAACCUUUUUAUGCAGACCACGAGUACUUGCAGAUCGCGCUUCUGCAGUAGCGAAGCAGCUGCAUAUCAUCUACAUGGAGGAGAAUACUAUCCUACCGCGUAUAGUGGAACAAUAUUUGACAGCAGCAGGGUGGCAAGUCACCGAGCAUCAAUAUAUGACUGCAAACGUACCGGCCGGGGCGCCUGUCCUUAUUCUUGACGAGUUGUACUCGCCCCUUCUUGUCCACAUUAAUGAGGCACAAUGGCUGUGCCUGCGCCACCUCAUCACCAGCGGCUGUAAACUUAUCUGGGUCACUCGAGGCGGCCAACUGUCUGCCUCCGAGCCAGGUAGUGCCUUAGCUGCUGGGCUUUUCCGCUCAAUCCGAUCCGAGGAUCCCGCGGCCACACUAAUGACCUUGGAUAUGCAAAGUCAAGAUGCAUCAGCGGCACUGGCUGCUGCUCUUCCCCUGGUUCUUGAGCAACUCCAGAUGCGCCAAGCUGAUUUGGUAAGCGAUAGCGAAUAUGUGGAGAAAGACGGUAUCCUACACAUCCAUCGGGUUGUACCCUAUCAUCCUCUAAACCAUGAGAUUAAAUUGUGGAAGGAGGAAUUUGUGCACACCUCACUGUCCACCGAUGGUCCUAUCACACGUCUAGUAGCUGAGGAACUCGGUACUCUAGAAGGCCUACGGUUCGUCCAAACACCAGACGAGAUCCUCCCUGACAAUCAUGUUGAAAUUGAGAUUCAUGCCGCUGGCCUAAAUUUCAAAGACGUUGCUGUUACGAUGGGCAUAGUACCCGAGAAUGAGCGUCUACUCGGCUUGGAGGGGUCAGGCAUCAUCCGUCGAGUUGGAUCUAACAUUGAUGAUAAAACUAUUAUCGGCACUCCUGUCGUCUUUAUGGAGAAGGGAGCCUUCGCCAACCGCAUCCAGGUGCCAAUUGAUUUCACACAUCGUAUCCCAAACACGAUGUCCUUCAGCGAGGCAGCUACAAUUCCAGUAGCCUUCUGUACGGCACUCUACUCCUUGUUUGAUAUGGCAGACCUGCAACCUGGACAGUCGGUCCUUAUUCAUUCUGCGUCUGGCGGUGUUGGAAUUGCUUGUAUUCAAUUAGCUCAGUAUGUCGGAGCGGAGAUCUAUGUGACUGUUGGUAGUGAUGCAAAGCGUCGCUUCCUACAUGACACAUACAAGAUCCCGUAUGAACGCAUGUUCUCAUCCAGAUGCUCCAAGUUUGCCGCUGGGAUCAUGAAGGCCACCGAUGGGAAGGGAAUUGAUGUGAUCGUGAACUCGAUCACGGGAGACUUGCUCGAUGCCACAUGGAGAGUAUGUGCCGCGGGUGGGACUCUGGUUGAACUUGGCAAGAGAGAUAUGGUGGAACGUAAUACUCUAUCCAUGGAGCCUUUCGACCGGGGUUGUUCAUUCCGUGCUGUAGAUCUCUCCCAUCCACGACUGUUACGGAAAUUGCCUAGUAUCCUUCGCCGUGUCUUUGAUCUAGCAAGCAAAGGCCAUAUUCACCCUAUUAAUCCAAUGACAACCUUCCCCAUCACGCAGGCUGCGGAGGCCUUUUCUUAUAUGCGUAGUGGAAAGCACAUUGGGAAGGUUGUGAUUGACGGAAUGGCUGCUGCGGAGGGGAUGUCAGCACCGGUACGCCCUCUGCGUCAGGAUAUAACAUUCAAUACCGGAUCUGCCUACCUCAUUGUAGGUGGUCUCAAAGGUUUGUGUGGUAGCUUAGCCUUGCACCUUGCCCAGCGAGGUGCCCGCCAUUUAGUGGUGAUGUCUCGCAGCGGGUGUGCGGAUUCUCGCUCUCAAGCAGUCAUUUCCAAUUGUCACGCGCUUGGAUGCAAUGUAUAUGACUGCCGCGGUGAUGUGUCACGCAUCUGUGACGUGCGACAGGCUUUUCUCCAAGCCCCUGUCCCCAUCAAGGGUGUCGUACAGGGUGUGAUGCUCCUGCGUGACCGACCCUAUGAGUUGAUGACGAUCAACGAGUUUCACGAAUCUAUUGAGGGGAAGGUCCAAGGCACAUGGAACCUGCACAAUGUUUCCAUCGAAAUUGGCCGCGAACUAGAUUUCUUCCUCCUCCUUUCUAGCAUCUCCAGCGUGGUGGGGAGCCCAGGCCAAGCAAAUUAUGCCGCUGCCAACAGUUUCCUUGACUCUUUCGCUAGUUAUCGACGCUCCAUGGGGCUUGCCGCCCAGACAAUUAACCUGGGUGUGAUAGAAGACGUUGGAGUUGUGGCAGAAUCAGAGGACCUAAGUCGGCGUCAUGAAGCAUCCAAGGAGUUGAUUGGCAUCCCUGAACGUGUGCUCCAUUGCAUGGUCGAUACUUCACUCCGGCAACAGUUUCUUCAGCAUACCCACCAGCCAAAUUCAGGGGGCUCAGAAUUCCCAACUCGACUCAUAACUGGACUCACGGUGCCUCAAGACCCAGCUCAAUCUGGCCUGCGAUUUGAUCCUCGCUUCCGUGGACUGUUUGUCGGGAAUUCGAACUCUCAGGCCAAUGCAGGAAAACCAACUGAUGAACUCGGUGCCGCACUCCAAUCGUUCCACGCGAUGAUUCGCGCUGGUGCAGCGGCCGACGAACUACACGAACCGUGUCUAAGCAUCCUCGCCACUCGGCUGGCGCGGAUGUUGCGCUAUAAUGAAAACCAACAGAUUGAGCCUGGGCAACCGCUUUCGGUCUAUGGGCUGGACUCGCUCUCCAUGGUGGAACUGCGGAAUUGGAUCAAGGCUCAGAUGGGGGCUGAGGUGACUACCUUUGAUGUCCUUAACGCCAAUAGUUUGAUCAUGUUAGCACAACGGGUCGUGAAUAAGUUACGCCGUGAAUAA